AACGGCCGACGCGUUGAUGAUAGCAGACGACGGUACAGCGCGCAGGUGCCAACGGCUCUGGUCGAACUCUUUUAAAAGUUGGGCGGGUGCUUGCGUCAUCUAGCCAGUGGCUGACUGCAUGGCCACUGACUAACUAAUAUCAGGCUGAGCAGGAAGACGUGAAAUGCGCAGCUUUUUGGCAUCAACACUGCUCCAUUGGCUCCAUUGGCUCCAUUCCUCGUUUCUUCUUUUGGAUCGGAAGAAUGGACUGUCGUCUGACAUCCACGCUGCGCGAUGUUAACGCACGCACCGAGUGACAGCGUAGUACUCGGAAAGGAUGAAAUCCCUCCGUUAUUGUUUCGCGGCGUUCGUGGACCUUGUGACGCAGCGUUCCAUGUCGGCAUGUGCCGCUUUGCAACCGAGUGGAAAGAGUAGCGCGCCUCUUGGCUUUUUUCUUCACGCGUAAACAGCGUAUGACGACGCACAAAUAUGUGUAUGCGGUGCAGGCUGCAGUCGUGGGGUAACUAAGGUGCCCCAGGAGCGAAUGAGUAGUCUUUUUCUCUCUGGCGGGGCAUUGCGUGUGGUUGCGGCGGUUACUACGGGGCACGCAGGCGAACGCGGAGCGAGCAGACGACCUUCGCCGAUUGCGUCUGCUCAAAGCCACCUUGCUCGCUGCAAGUUCCUCCUCCCAUCGCACCGCGUCAGCGAUCGGUUGUCGAUGCUCGUCGAUUUCUCCCCCUGGAGUUGAAAGGAGGCACGCGACCGUUCCCUUCCACGAGAUAACCGGCGGUCGCAUCGGUGAUUUCGGGGGCGGACGCGGAGAUAACGGAGUGGAUAGCCGAUCAACUUGGGGGCGACUCGCCCGGUGUCCGCUCUCUGACGUGCCGGGGGAGUGAGCGCAUGGAUGCUCUGCAGCUGGCCGCGUUCGGCGGCAACGCCGAGGAGGGCCGCUGGAAGGACCCGCAGGAUCACUUCGAGGACGGAACCCCGCUCGACGUAGGCUUCCGAUGGCAAGCGUCGUCGGGCGGCCAGCAGCAGGAGCUGGAAGAGCAGCUCGGGCCAGGGGCACAGUACGAGGACUUCCACACCAUCGACUGGCAGCGGGACCUGGCCAGGGACCGCAUGUGGCACCGGUUGAUUGUGAAGCGCCGGGGCCAGGGCGGCCUCUGGGAGACCCUGGUGGGCUUCAACGACGCCUGGUCGGGCUGGCUGUGUGUGCUGCUGGUGGGGCUGGCAGCCGGGGCCAUAGCGGCGGUCAUCGACAUCGGGGCGCUCUGGAUGAAGGACCUCAAGGAAGGCAUCUGCCCGCAGGCCUUCUGGCUCAACAAGGAGCAGUGUUGCUGGGCCUCCAACGAUACCUUCUUUAAGGGGGACGACUGCAAGCAGUGGUAUCGGUGGCCCGAGAUGUUCGACAGCGGCAUGGACAAGGACGGGGCGGGCUUUUACCUGCUCUCCUACCUGCUGUACGUCAUGUGGAGUGUGCUCUUCGCCACCCUGGCCGUCAUGCUCGUUCGCACCUUCGCGCCCUAUGCCUGUGGAUCUGGAAUCCCAGAGAUCAAGACGAUUCUGAGCGGCUUCAUCAUCCGCGGCUACCUGGGCAAGUGGACACUGACCAUCAAGUCAGUGUGUCUGGUGCUGGCUGUUGGGGCGGGCCUCAGCCUGGGCAAAGAGGGACCCCUGGUGCACGUGGCCUGCUGCAUCGGGAACAUCUUCUCCUACCUCUUCCCCAAGUACGGCAAGAACGAGGCCAAGAAGAGGGAGAUCCUGUCGGCUGCCGCCGCCGCGGGAGUUUCUGUGGCCUUUGGGGCUCCCAUCGGCGGUGUUCUCUUCAGCCUCGAAGAGGUGAGCUACUACUUCCCCUUGAAGACGCUGUGGCGUUCCUUCUUCUGCGCCCUGGUGGCGGCCUCGGUGCUGCGCUCCAUCAACCCCUUCGGCAACGACCACCUGGUGAUGUUCUACGUCGAGUACGACUUCCCCUGGCUCUUCUUUGAGCUCUUUCCGUUCGUGCUGCUCGGAGUGCUUGGGGGCGUGGUGGCCACCAUCUUCAUCAAGUGCAACAUCCGCUGGUGCAGGUACCGCAAGGAAUCUCGCCUCGGGCAGUACCCCAUUGCCGAGGUGUUGGCCAUCACUGUCAUCACCGCGGUGGUCAGCUUUCCCAACGAGUACACGCGCAUGAACACCAGCGACCUGAUCAAGGUGCUGUUCAGCCAGUGUGGCAUCACGGACGUGUCCCCGCUGUGCGACUACAGGCGCAACUUCACCAAUGUGAACAACCACAUUGACGUCGCCGAGGCCGGGCCCGGCGUGUACACCUCCCUCUGGCAGCUCAGCCUAGCACUGGUCUUCAAGCUGCUCAUCACCAUCUUCACCUUCGGCAUCAAGGUGCCGGCGGGUAUCUUCAUUCCGAGCAUGGCCUUUGGAGCCAUCAUGGGACGCAUGAUUGGCAUAGCCGUCGAACAGCUGGCCUACCAGUACCCGACGCUGUGGGUGUUCCAAGGGGCGUGCAACACGGGGGAGAACUGCGUCACCCCAGGCUUGUAUGCGAUGGUGGGGGCAGCAGCCUGCCUCGGGGGCGUGACCCGCAUGACCGUCUCCCUGGUGGUCAUCAUGUUCGAGCUGACCGGCUCGGUGCGGUACAUCGAGCCCCUCAUGGCCGCCGUCAUGGCCAGCAAGUGGGUGGGAGACGCCCUCGGCAAGGAGGGAAUCUACGACGCCCACAUCCACCUGAACGGCUACCCGUUCCUGGACAGCAAGGAGGAGUUUGCUCACACGACCCUCGCUGCCGACGUGAUGCAGCCCAGGCGAGGGGAGGGGCCACUCUGCUACAUCACCCAAGACAGCAUGACCGUUGAAGAGCUGGAGUGCCUGCUCAAGACGACGGACCACAACGGAUUCCCCGUAAUCGUGUCUACGGAAUCUCAGUACCUGGUGGGCUUUGUGCUGCGCAAGGACCUCAGCCUGGCUCUCGCCAACGCCCGCAAGUCCCAGGUAGGAGUGGUGGGCAGCUCUCGAGCCCUGUUCGUGAGCCAGGUGGCCACCCCCUGGACCGGACCCCCGCCGGUCACGCUCAGGCGCAUCCUGGACCUGGCGCCCAUCACCGUGACGGACCAGACCCCCAUGGAGACGGUGAUCGACAUGUUCCGCAAGUUGGGCCUCCGACAGACGCUAGUCACGCACAACGGCAAAAUCCUGGGCAUCAUCACCAAGAAAGAUGUGCUGCGCCACAUCAAGCUGCUUGCCAACGAGGAUCCAGAAUCUGUGCUCUUCAACUGAGUGGAAACGGCGGGAGAGUGCCCUGGUUGGGACUGGCUCGUCACGAGCACGCCAUCUAGUGAGGUCGAAGCCAAAGCAGCUCCCGACGGCCCGGCCCGGGAAUUUUUCUUCCGCGGGCGGGCUCCCGUCGGAAGGCCGGGAGCGGCGGGAGGUCCGUGCGCCGUGGCAGAGGCGGACUCCGGGGCGACAGCCGCGCUGCCCCCCCCACCCCUAUUUAAUGAGGCUACUUGCGCGUGUGUGUGCGCACUACGCAAAACUGUUGUCCCGGUAGUAGCUGCAUUUACACUGUCCCCUGUUAUUCUUUCCCUUUUAACAAAUGUCAUUUUUGUUGCUCUUAAAACAGUAUACACGUGCGACAAGCCCGAAAA